AUGCAUCGCUUCGUGCCAUCGAGCGGAAAGAGAACAGAGGUUGUUCUCCUGGUUUAUACAGGCUUGUACCCAAUUUGGCUCACGGCACCCCCCGCACAAUGGCUCUUGACUAACUCUCUCUCCCGCGAAUUCAUUCGGAAGGAAUACGGCGGGUUUCUCGAGACCUUCGACUCAUACCCCUUCCCCGUCCAACGCGCCGACGCGAUACGUUACUUCGUCCUCGACCACUAUGGCGGCAUCUACCUUGAUCUCGACGACGGAUGCGCAAGACGCCUCGAGAUUAUGCUCGAAUACCCCGCCUGGCUGCGUCGCAGUCUCCCGACGGGAAUUGGUAAUGACGCCCUGGGCUCCGUCCCCCACCACCCCUUCAUCAAGCGCGUCAUCGAGAGCCUCGAGAACUACGCAAUCCCGUCCGCUCUGCCUUGCAUAAACUUUAGAUCGGUGGUAAACGAUGCGCGGGCGACCCGCGUCGCCGACCUCCUCUCCGACUUCCGCGCCCUCCAGUACAGCAUUGUCUCAGUAACUUGCGACUCUCCUCGCCCGGAUGGCUUCUAUACCGAAGGCUACGCGGCGCUCCGCCAAUGCUCAGUGGACGGGCAGCAUGUCCUGAACGUGGCGGCCGACACGCGCGUGCCAACCGGCCGGAGCGGCCCGGCGGAGCAGGAGAAGGCGGAGUUGACGCAGGUGCUGCUGGAUAGUUUUUCGAGGCGACACGAGGCGCAGAAGAUAUGUAUGAGGCAGAGUGCAGCCAUGCGCUGGGUCGCAUGGCGGGAUAGCGUGUUACUGAGGCCCGAUCCAUCACAUGUGCCUGCUUUGGUAUCUGGCGACCAAGCUCUGCGAGCUGAACUCGCAACAGUCACCGAUGAGAACAUCUACAAUUUAUUGCGUAACUCAGACUAG